AAAUCAAAUCUUGGAUCUUGAUUUGAAAUGUAUGGGUUUUUGGUGAAUCAUUUGUGAAAAUAAUGAUAAACUGUUUUCAGUGAGGACCCACGAAUAGGCUUGCAAACAAACGGCCGUUACGUUCAAUCUGAUGGAAGAUUUUAAUUUAUUUUUAUUUUUGAGUUGCUAAUUACUUAAUUUGUUAACGAUUGAGGUCUUUGUUAUUUCUUUGGUUUAAGAGUUAAUUAUCAAAUGAAAGAGCUUUAAAAUUAUAAAAUGAGCGAACGUUCGUGAAAGUGAAUUAAUUGAUAAUUAACCAAUUUUUAAGUAAAGCUAAUUGAAUGAGAAUGUGCACGUCGGAAGUUAAUACAUACAUAAUAUGCUCUCAAAAAAAAAUUCCAUACAUAAUACACUUACCCAUAUAUUUAUUAAUUUAUGGAAGCAUUUCUAAUGAUUGUUAAGACUAACAAUGGCAUCAUUUUAUUUAUACUUUAUUAAAACAAACAGUGUCUAAUCAGAUGAAUCUAUCAUUGCAUAAACAUAAAAAGUUUGAGAUUUUAACUAUAUAACGUAUAUGGUUUUAAUUUCUAUAGGAAGUUUGAAAAACUUUGAUAAAAAUUCAUACAAUCAUUUCAAAAUUCAAACCAUCUGUCAUCUCUUGCAGAUUCUAGUGCUGUAAUAAUGCAAUACUCAGAAAAUUCCAAAGAUAUAAUUUGGGAAUUCAGGCAUAGAUUUGCUCCUGUGAUUCCUGUGCAGUAGAUGCCAAUGAGCACCAUGGCCCAUUAUCUAUAAAGAUGUAUGCAGAAAAGGUUUCAAUCAAAGCAAGAAUAUGCAGUUUGAAUUGCCUGCCCACAUUUCAAAAGCACCUUUCACCCAUCAGAAAAAACAUUCAACUUUUUUGGACUAGUAUUAAACUACAAGUAACAAGUGUUCCACUCCACUCUCAAACCAAGCACAAAUACUUUUUAUAAUUUUUUUCAAAAAAACCAAGAAUCAAGAUCCUAAUUAAUCUCAGCUCAGAGCCUCAACUACAGCAUCCAUGGCUGAUUUCAAGCCUCAACUCGGCCACCGUGAUACGAACACGAGACGAUUUUCCGCAUCAAAUUGGAAGAGCUUCAGAGAAGAUGAAAGGUCGACAUUAAGAUCAAGUACAACAAUUUCUAGCACUGUUUCAUCUCCUGGAUAUACCACUUCAGAGAAAAUCGAUCCUUCUACAUAUUCAUUCACAGCAGCCCUCAAAGCGUUGCAGACACGAAGCAUGUGGUCGUCGGAGAGAGUAAUUCUGCACUCGAAAUGGAGCGAUGCUGAGAAAUACAUAUCGAAUCCGGUGUCAGGCCAAGUGCCAUUGGAAUGUCUAUCGGCGAGAAACAGAAUCACUAUUUCUGCUCCAAUCAUCUUACACCAUAAACUCAAUAUCACAAUCCAAGAGAAGAACAAGUCCGCCGUCACUAGAGAUGUCGGAACACAGAGCGUGCCAAGUGCGCCGCCGACUCCUUCAAUUCAAGAAAGACGCAGUGAAGCAGAAUCAUCCGUAGAUUCCUCUCUUUCUACUCAGAAAGACGGACCACAACUAAAGGUGGAGAGAGAAAGAAAUGAGAAAGAAGGUUUAAAUAGAAAAGAAGGAAGAGAGAGAAAGAAGAUGGUGAGGAUGAUGUGCAGCCAAGGAGUAGGAAGAAGAGGAUGUCUGCAGCCAUUAAAGGGUUUGUGGCAGAGGAGAAACAAGUGCAAUUGCAAACCCAGAAAAAACAUCAAUCCUUCCUCAUCACCAACCUUACUUUAUCAUAUCAAUGCUUGUUAUGAUGUUUAAUUUUUUUUUUUUUUUUCAAUUACAUACAAAUUAGACUAUCUCAUCCUAAGUUAAUUUGCUUUUAUAUGGAGUAAGAAACUUUUU